UCACCCAAGCCAGACAGACCGCGGUGGCUCCAGGGGAUCCGGGAAAGGACUUGCGAGGCGCCAGCCAGAGGCUCAUCCGUGAUAAAGACUGCCAAAAUCCUACGGCCAAUCGUCGUCCUCUGGAGAUACCGCCGGUGAUAUACCUCCACUCUCAUAAUAGGUGAAUAGCAAGAGCUGUUCCCGACUCUGCCAUAACCUGGUGCUGCUAUUACGACCGAGAGCCAAACGGGAGACUACACCUUGACAGCCCUGGAUCAUUAAAUCAAACGUUUUGUAGGAAUUUCCUCAGCCAUUGACUACAUUUUGCACACCAAGUGUGUCGUUUAACCUCUGUCCUUUUUGGGAUAUAAACUUGUUUUGAAGUAUAGAAUUUUCCGUUGCAAGUCCAAGUGCUUUAACUGGUGUCUAUCCAGUUCUGUGUGAUUAUAACAGAAACUUGUAAGGCAGUUUUGACAGUGAAAGUCAGGAGCCACUUGCGUUGAACCAUGAGCCAGGCGGAUGUAUCGACCUGUUCCGCACCCCAGAGAGUUUUCCAGGAGGCGGUGAAGCAGGGCAACACGAAAGAGCUUCACUCGCUGCUGCAGAACAUGACUAACUGCGAGUUCAACGUCAACUCCUUCGGCCCGGAGGGACAGACCGCUCUGCACCAGUCAGUCAUUGAUGGAAACUUGGAACUCGUAAAGUUGCUGGUGAAAUUCGGAGCCGACAUCCGACUGGCAAACAGGGAAGGCUGGAGCGCAUUACACAUCGCCGCGUUCGGAGGACACCAGGACAUCGUCCUCUACCUCAUCACCAAGGCCAAGUACUCCUCUGGCGCACGGUGAGAAGCGCCUGACGCGCCGCCAGGUAUUCACGCCAAGACAGGCCUCUGUAAAACCUGCGUUUCAUCUUUUCCAAUGCCAAAUUGUAUAGAGAAAAAAAAAAGACGGCAACUUCCCUUUUACCAACAAACCAAACAGGGGUAUGUGGGUUCUCUCUCUCUCUCUUUCUCCCGAGGACAACACGGCGUGGUUCUAAUCUGACCUGAGUAUACAUACAUCUUGAAAAAUAGAAACGCGUUUUGUGUGCGUGCGUGCAGAAUGUGUUGGUACUAAAGCUUUGUUUUUCUUGAAUGUGUAAAAUGAUCAGAUUAGGACGUCAUACGAGCUGUAGGAGGCAGGGAGGGUGUGUGAAACGCGUUUAUUUCGAGGGUUUGGGGUGAGGUGUUGUCCUGCGCCGGUGGUGUGACCAUAAUAACCUAAAUUAUUCUAAUCAAGAUGGCACUUGAUGCUGUGGACGCAUGCUGGAAUAUCUGAAAGGGAAGAAGAGGUGAACACGGGAAUGAAGGCCAUCUUCUAUUUGGCUAAACACUGUUUUUAUUUUUCUAAUCUACAUGCUUUUUGGUUUUGUUUGUUUCUUUUUAUCAAUUAGCCUAACGAUUGGCAUGUUUUAAGUGCGGCAUUAUGAUAUCCAAUGCUUUUUGUUAAAAAAAAUGUAAUCGGAGUAACAACAAUUGACUAAAUGUUGUUAAGUACUGUACACAAUAGCUUUACUUUGUUCCUUUUUUAAAAGUAGUGAGAUGCGCCCUGCCUCCAUAGCAGAUGGUGUCUCCCUGCUUGCAGGCCUGAACGCCCAGUGUCAAGGGUCAAUGUGUUACUAAACCGCUGCUUGCGCUUUGUAUCAAAACGUCAGGAAAGUCGCAUUUGGAAUACACUUUAUAAUCUACUUUCAGUAUUUGUAUUAACACCCUGGUUAUCACUGUGAAGACAGGCUGGGUUAUUUAUGAAGGUACAUUGAGAUGAUUAAAUUAUGUUGUGGAUAUCAGCUCUAUAGCUUACGUUUAAACAUAUUUAGGGUGACUUAAGCUGCUUCGGAUUUUAAAGUGUAAACUGUCCCGCGUGGAAAUCUCAUGCCACAAACCCCAAAUUCCCACCCGCCCUGCGUCAGACAUCACUGUCCCGGGAAAAUGGCUCUAAGCCUCUCUACUGUAUGUUUGGUUUUCUCUACCAGCUACCUCGACUUUCAAGUAUUCAAGACUAUUCAGCUUACUCCCAUGUAGUCGCUUUUCAUCGAUAUUUUACACAACGUAAAUUUCACAAGAGAGAAGUCAAAUCAAUGGCAGUCUCUUUUUAACCUCACCCACUGAACAUUAGACGUUCACAUGAUCGGAAUUCAAUUUAGGCUUCAAUGUCUCUCUCAUUGUUGAACAGAAUCUCUAUCUCCACCCGGGACAAGUCAUUUCCAACAACCAAGCCUAGAUCUAUCGGUUAAGCUACACACGGAGGUUACUCUUCCUCAGCAAGGCAUGAUUGACACAUUAUAAAUGUUUUUAUUUCAGCCGAAUGCUUAACUUGCCUUUCCAUUUUUUGUUGCGUUUUAUUUAGUUACAAAAAGUGGAAUGUAUUGCAUGACUUUAAUGCAGGGAGUUUUCGUUGCACAAAAUCUGGAGCCUUUUACGCCCCCUAGUGCCUGGUCGGGUAACUUCAGGAGCUGAGGCUUACGAAUAGUUACUACUGAGCAGGACUAUUAACAUAAAAUAUUAUUAUUGUUUUAUUAUGAUGACUAUUACUUCUGUCAUAUGACUUGCAGGAAAAAAAUCUACACAUAUUCUUAAAAACUGCCUGCUGCAUUUUGAAAGUCAUGGCACCCUGAUGUUUGUUUCAAUGCUGCUUCUAUGUUGUCUUUUUUAUUUUAUUUUUAUUUUGUUCUGUUUUGUGACUCAAUGGCCAACAAUGAGUGAAAGACAAAAUAUCAGAAUCACAGUCAUUAUAUGAAAAGCCCAGUGUAUGCAGUUAGUGUGUGUAUAUGUGCGUGUGCUUCUGUGUGUUUAUGAGUGUGUGUGUGUGUGUGUGUGUGUGUGUGUGUGUGUGUGCGUGUGCCUUGCAUGCAUAACACUUUUUUUCAGUGGUGUUGGAAAUGUUCGUCCAGCCCUUUGUUUGGCCUUCAGACUUCUGAAUCAUGAAUCAUGUCCAGUGGAAAGGUGGCGUGCUGGUGCUUACUGACUCUUGGGCUUUGUCCCUGUACCUGGAGUAACAGCAGCGCCCAGCUGACUGCUGAUCUGGGCUAGACCCGGUCCAAAGUCAGUGGCCUUCUGGGAAGUGACUCUUGUUUUUCUGUGAUUUGGUCGACACACCAGAUUUGAGCAACCUGAUUGGUGGAAGCAGAAAAAAAAAUAUGCAUCGCUUGUCUUAAACUUGAUCUUUUUAUUCUUCUUUUUUUUUGUUUGUUUUUAAAUAUUGCACUGAGGACUGUUCGUAAUUGGUUGGCUUCAUGUCAACAUUUUAAUUUUUUUCUGAAUAGAAAAAAAGGAACACAACAAAAUACUAUUGUAUAAAAAUGCUCCAGGUUAUAUUGUCUUUUUGUGUGUUUCUUUGUAAAACAUCAUGUUUGCAAAGAAGUUUGUAUCUGUGAGCGGGUGUAUGUGUAUAAAUAUAUAUAUAUAUAUCUAUGUAUAUAUAUAUAUGAAGAUAUAUAAACGCUGAAAAUGUUUCGGGGCACUUUCUUGUCUGAAGUGAUCCGCUCCUGUCAUCUUGAAAGGGGAGUGAUACAUUUGAUGGUAAGAUCAUUGUAACAAAAACAUUUUAAAAAAAAAAUUGCACGAUGCAUAGUCGUUUCACUCAACAUGUUGUCAUAACAUUUAUGACAAGAAGAGUCAGACGGCUAGAUAGGUGUAAAAGAAUUCAGAGUUGAGUGCUGAUAUUUUUCUCUUUCUUUCUUCUUUUCUUUCUUUCUUUUUUUUUUGAUUGGUUUGGACCAAGUUUUCUGGUUUUUGUUUGCGUUCCUUGGGGCGAAACAAGAACAAAGUUUGAGUUGCAUGAGUGAUGCGAAUGUUCCAUCGUGUUUGAUUUGGCUUUCUCUUGUUUUUUGUGUUUUCUUUUUUUUUGUUUGUUUGUGUGUUUAUUUUGAACGUUUGUAACACUGUGAUGUUUUAUGUGUGGUGAGAACAUGAGUGCUGUAAUAUUUUUUGUACGUUUGUGUACAAGCCAGUAAAGAAAUCAUUAAACCCUG